AUGGGUACUUCUCUCUCCAUUCCUCCAUCCCUGGAGGAGGAGUUCGAUGUGGUGGUGGUGGGUGGGGGCUCAACAGGCUGCGUGGUGGCGGCACGCUUGGCCGAAGGCGGGGCGCGGGUCUUGCUCCUGGAGGCAGGCCCAAGCAAUCAGGAGCGCGGAAUCCGGCGGCGCGUCGGGUCGCCCUUCCUUCAGAGCGUCCAGCUGCAGACUUCGGAGCUGAGCUGUGUGUACUCCACCGUGCCACAGGAGGCCGCAGGUGGCCGGGCCUCAAGGUGGCCGCGGGGCAAGCUCCUGGGCGGCUGCUCCAGCGUGAACCAGUGCCUGUACGUCCGGGGCGACCCCCGGACGUUUGACGACUGGGAGACACGCUUAGGAUGCCAGGGCUGGGGCUGGAAAUCGGUGCUGAAGCACUUCAAGAAGUGUGAGCACUACCACGGCGAUGGCAAUCCGGCCCUGCGCGGCUUUGACGGACCCAUCCAGGUCACCAAGGCGGAGAAGAGGUUUGGCCUGGCCACCAGGGAGGUGUGCGAGCUCUUCCUCGCAGCCUGCGAGGCGGCUGGCAUUCCGAGGGUUGAGGACUACAAUGGCGAGACGCAGACGGGGGCCUCGGUGAUUCAAGCCACCGUUUGCCAAGGGGUGCGCAGUGAUGCGGCGUCGGCCUACUUAUUUGAUGCCACGCGGGCAGCGAGGCUCGCCAGUUUGCGGAUCGUCACCGGCGCGUGCGCCGAGCGCAUCCAGCUGGAAGAGCUCCGGGCCAGGGGGGUGCACUUCCGCCUAAAGGGCGAGCUGAAGUAUGUCCGCGCCAAGGAGACGGUGGUGUGCGCGGGUGCCAUCGGCAGCCCCCAGCUACUGAUGCUGUCGGGCAUCGGACCCAAGGAGCAUUUGGAGGCGGUUGGCCUUGAGUGCCAAGCGGAUCUGGCGGUGGGCAGCAACCUGUGCGAUCACUUGUGCUUCCCGCUACGCUUCAGCUGGCGGGAGCCCUUGGCCUUUAAUCCCGCCCGCCAGACCAGCACCCUCAUCAGCCGUGCGCAACACGCCUUGGGGAAGGGCGGCGUGUACGACUUCCCGCCUGUAGGGGCAUUGUGCUUCUGCCAGUCAAAGGUGGCAGAGAGCUACCAGGACUUGGAUCCGGACAUCCCGCACGACCCCGCCAGCGAGCAAUACAUGCGCGAAUACGUGAGGCGCUAUGCGCAGACAGUCUACCAUCAUUCCGGGACAUGCAGGCUGGGGCCAGAGGGAUCGGAGUCUGUGGUGGACUUGCGGCUCCGCCCCUGGGGUGUCAAGCAAUUGAUGGUGGCGGACGCGUCUGUCAUGCCGUACUGUGUCUCCGGGAACAUCAACGCCGCCUGUUUGAUGAUCGGCGAGCAGGCAGCGACGUUCCUUCUGGAGGACCAUCAGGAGUUCAGGUCUGACAAUGGGGAGCCAGGCGCCUCGCAGUGA